AUAGGAUUUGCAUACAAAAGAUCAACUUUACCUUGUGAGAAAAUGGAGACAAUGAGGGUUACAGACUUCAUCAGAGAAAUUUUCAACAGGACCCAAAAACGAUUUGAAAAGACAUUCAUGGAAAGUCACACUGUGGGAAUGAGUAUGGUUGUUUGUAUAUCAGAGCAUCCGGGGUCUUAUACUACUGAGCAUUUUGAGUGCUCUUCCAAAUCGUUGGAGUCCAGUAAUCUGAGAAAACAAAGACUGUCACGCUUAGAAUAUAUUGAAAAUGGUAUCUCUAGGUUGAUUGAAAAUGCAAAGAAACACAAGAGAGUUGUCAAUCAGUCUGAUGAGAUGUGUAUUUUCAAACGGGAAUAUCAAAGCCAAGAUGAAAACAUUAUAAUAGAUAAACAAUGUGAAAACUAUAAUGAAUUUGUGGACAUCAAGGAUCUCAAUGAUGACAUGGUUAAAACAGAAAUAACCGAAAACCUCUUCUUUAAAGACAUCACUGACAAUGUGAAAGAUAAUGAUGGAACAUUUGAUAAAAUAGCUGAUAAUGACAAAAUUGUUGACAAUGACUUUCCAGUUUAUGAUACUGUUACAGUUGAUCAUGAUGGAACAGUUGAUGAUGAAGCGGGGAUUGAGAGUCUAGAUUAUGACAUGAAAGUUGAUGAUAAUGAUGCAACAUAUGUUGAUGACUUUUUAGUUGAUGAAGCUAUUACAGAUGAUCAUGAUAGGACAAAUAAUGAUGACGGAACAGUUGAUGAUGAAACAGCAGUUGAGAAUAGAUGUUUUGAUGAUGAUAUGGGAGUUGAUGAUAACAACAGUGUUGAUAAUGAUGGAAUAGUUGGUGAGGAAAACAAUCUUGAGGAAACAGAUAAAAUGAAAAAAUAUCACUGUAAAGAAUGUGGUAAAGUGUACCAAACUAAAUCGGCUCUUAAUAAGCAUUUUAGAUGGCAUUCUGGUCAUCUUUUUAAAUGUAAAACUUGUGGUAAGGCUUAUGCUACAAGAUCAGAUCUGAAGCAACACACUUUGUCGCAACACAAAACCAAAAAAGGAAAAGGACUAUACCCAUGUAAAGAAUGUUAUAAAAGUUAUUGUACAAAAUCAGCUCUGAAUAAACAUUUCAGACGCCACACUGGAAAUCUCUUUAACUGUGAAACAUGCAAUGAAUCAUAUACCACUAAAGCUGAUCUCCAGCAACAUAUCUUGUCAGUACAUUUAAAUUCAAAAGAAAAUAUAGCUCAAAGAAACCAAGAAGUAGUAUACAUUUGUAAAGAGUGUAACAAAAGAUAUGAUACAAAGUCAGAAUUGUCUGAGCAUCGUAGAAUCCAUACUUGUAAUAUUACCACUCAUGAAACUAUGAAAGGGGAUGAACUUAGUAAUCAAUUGAAGAGCCCUGAAGAUGAUGUGAAUAAAAGAGAAACAAAUAAAAAUCCCUUCUUAAAAGAUGACAUCACUAACAAUGCAAUAUCAGAUGCAAGAAGAGUAACAGUUGUUGAUGAGGAUACGGGAGAUGCUGAUGAUGAUGAUGAUGAUGAUGAUGAUGAGAGAUCAACUAAUGAUGACAACAGUGGUGAUGAUAGAUCAGUGGAUAAUGAUGAAGUAGCUGAUUAC